AUGCUUCGAUACUUACGAUCUGUUCAAAAGGCCUUGCCCCUUGCCUCAAAUGCCCUUUGCUCUACACCUAUUAAGCAGUCGCUUUCCAACCGCUCUCUGGCGAGUAUAAUUCUUGUUCGAAGUUAUAACAAGGGUCCAUCCAACAGUUUGCAUCAUGAAACGAGGGACUCUUUAAUGACAAGGGCCUUUAGCUCAAAUGCUAUCCCUUCACUAAAAGAGGUCCCAAAACAACAGAUCGGUGCUGUGCUUCACAAUCACGGCGGCCCUGAGCAAAUUCAAUUUAAAGAAAUCCCCGUUCCUGAGCCCCAGUCAGACGAAGUUCUUGUGAAUAUUAAAUACUCAGGUGGAGACUGGCCCUUGAGUGUCAAAAUGCCUCUUGUAGGUGGACACGAAGGCGCUGGCAUUGUAGUUAAAACUGGAUCGGCCGUUCAUAACGUCAAAGUAGGUGACCGUGUGGGAAUUAAGUGGAUGAAUGGCACUUGUGGUCAAUGUGAAUACUGCCUUUCAUCUCGCGAAAGCAUCUGUCCUGACAUCAGCUUAUCUGGCUACUCAGUAGACGGAACAUUUCAAUCCUAUGCAAUCGGAAAUGCCGCCCAUGUUACGCCUAUUCCUCAAAAUGUCCCUCUUGAAGUGGCUGCUCCCAUUAUGUGUGCUGGAGUUACGGUGUAUCGAGCUUUGAAAGAAGCAGGCGUCAAUCCUGGCGGCUGGGUUGCCCUUCCUGGUGCAGGAGGCGGUCUGGGUCAUCUUGCAGUACAGUAUGCUAGAGCCAUGAGCAUGAGAGUCCUUGCUAUUGAUACCGGUAGCGAUAAGGAAGAACUUUGUAAGUCUCUUGGGGCUGACGCAUUUGUUGACUUUCAAAAGGAGUCGGAUCUCAUUGGUAAAGUAAAGGACCUUACAAACGGAGGCCCUCAUGGUGUUCUUGUGCUUUCCACGAGUGCCAAAUCUUAUCAACAAGCUACUCAAUUUGCUCGCCCAGGAUCGACCAUCGUCACCGUAUCCAUGCCGGCUGAUGCCCAGCUAAACGCAGACAUUUUUUGGUUGACUGUGAAAAUGCUCAAAAUCUGUGGCUCUCAUGUUGGUAAUCGUCUAGAUUCCAUUGAAGCCCUUGAGUACGUGUCUCGAGGACUUGUCAAACCUCAUUACAAGGUCCAGCCUUUCUCUACGCUUCCUGGGAUUUACAAACAAAUGUCCCAAGGAGCUAUCGCUGGACGGAUUGUUUUGAAGAUUUAA